AUGUUCCUAGCCGCCACCAUCUCAGUCACGUUUGCCAACGGAACCAAGUUCAGCACGUGGAUUAACGGUACCCAGACUUAUGACUCCCCUAUCCAGACCCAAUCGGAUCAAAUCUGGGGAGACUGGUCGAGCACAGGCUUCACGUUCAGUGGCGCCGGUACGGAUGGCUUGGCCAAGUACAUAGUCGAGGGCUGUAAUCCAGCCCGCGGCAUCAGCGGAUCAAUGAUCCUUGACUCGAUAGCUCCGGGACACUACCCGUGUGGCCCGGACAGAGCCGGUGAAACAGAAGUUCCCCUUCCUCCGGGCGGCGGGUGGUCCAACGUUGUACCCGGAGGUGCCGCCACUGUCAACUUCACUAUCCACGGGAGCUGGCUAUCAUUCACUGGACUUGGAUACCAUGACCAUAACUGGGGCAAGACCAAGAUACCCAACCCCUUGAAGAUAUGGUACUGGGGCCAUGCGCUGUUAGGACCGUAUGUCCUUGUUUGGUUUGACGGUAUCAACAGACUUGACAAGGAAUUGAUUCUGACCAUCUUGGACUCUAAUGAGCUUGUUCCUCCUAGCGAGGCUACUGAAGCUCACUUCCGCGGUGGUGACGCUGAUCAAGUCUGUCACAUCAUCACCCCUCAUGACGAGGACAAGUUCCGCGGUAAUGAUGCCGGCCAGGCCUGCCACAUCAUCACUCCUCACGAUGAGGGAUCUUCCAAGUCCACACCAAAAAAAUACGAGAGACCAUAG